AUGUGCAAACAUCUGAUGGGUGAUGAUGAGAUCGGUUUCGGUCUCCCGUUUCCCUCGGAGGUAAAAUGCUUCGAAUGGGAUGGUAAUUUCCCCGACCGGGGAACCGUGUGGUUUAACUUGAAGCCUUUGGUGGGAUUCGACUUCACCAUUCUCAUUUUUCGUCCACGCCUCAAGCGUCAAUCGACCGGUCGCGGUGAUAUUGAGGGAUAUAACGGCUCUCGUUUCGCUUCCCAGCCAAAACUCGACAUCCUUCCAUAG